AUGUCCUCCUCCCCGUCCCCAUCGCCGUCGCCGUCCCGCCUCGUGCCGCAGCUCCUGGUGGCGCUCCUCCAGCGCCGCCGCUUCGACGACACCCUCCGCCCGCGCGCCACCUUCCGCGGCUUCUGCCCGUCCUCCAUCGCCGCCUCGCUCGCCGCCAUCCCGCGCCUCCUCCUCCCGCGCUCCGCGGGCCGCCUCUGCCCGCAGCGCCCAUUCCCCUCCCCGUCCUCCUCCUACCACCGCCGCGUCGUCGCCGCCCUCACCCUCGCCUUCCUCAACUGGUCCCACUCCGACGCCAGCCCGCUCACCGAGGCCCCGCUCCGCGCCGCCGCGCUCUCCCUCGCCCGCGCCCGCGCGCUCCCCGCCCUCUUCGGCCUCCUCCGCGCGCACACGCCGCUCGUCUCCACCGCCGCGCUCACAGACGUCAUCCGCGUGCUCGGCGAGGAGGGCCUCCCGCGCCAGGCCCUCGCCGCCUUCCACCGCGCGCGCCAGCUCCGGUGCUCCCCGGACGCGCAGUGCUACAACACGUUAAUCGCGGCCCUGUGCCGGAACGGCCGGUUCCAGGAGGCCAGGUUCCUGCUCGACCAGAUGGAGCGCCCCGGCGCGCGCUGCAGGCCUGACCCCUACACGUACACGGUGCUCAUUUCCUGGUACUGCAAGAUCGGGGUGGGGACCGGGUGCCGGAAAGCCGCCAGGAGAAGGAUCUACGAGGCCGGGAGGCUGUUCCGGAGGAUGGGCGAGAAGGGGCUCGACCCGGACGUCGUGACCUACAACUGCUAUAUCAAUGGCCUGUGCAAGACGUACCGGGUGGAGCGCGCGCACCAGGUGUUUGAUGAAAUGGUCAGCAAGGGGUGCACACCGAACCGGGUUACGUAUAACUCGUUCGUGAGGUAUUAUAGUGCUGUGAAUGAGGUUGACAAGGCUGUUGAGUGGAUGAGGAAGAUGGUGGCAAGGGGGCACGGGGUGGCGACAUCAAGCACGUAUACGCCACUUAUCCACUCACUAUACGAGAGUGGGCGGGUUGGGGAUGCAAGGAAGUUCAUGAUUGAGAUGGCGGAAAGUGGGCAUGUGCCCAGGGAACACACCUACAAGCUUGUGAAGGAUGCAAUUGAGGAGGCCGGUGAGGAGGCCUUGCCGCCAGACCUCUGUCGCUCCAUCGAUGAUGGCAUCAAGGAAAGAUUUCAGCACAUCAUGCGGAUGAAGCCCAUAAUGAGACCAGUGACAAGAUUAUCCAGGACCAACAUUGAGCUUGUGCAAACUUAACACUUGACAGGUUGAUCCUGCACACAGAAGGUUUUUGAUUGAGAUG